AUGAGGAAGGAAAUGGACGAGCUAAGGAGCGCCAUUAAAGAAAAGAUGGACCGAAGCGUGGACAAAAUGGUAAGAGCUACGGAUUCACCCUUCACCGUCGCGGUACUAGAAUGCCCUGUGCCUUCAAAAUUUCGCUUACCUCAGCUUGAGCUGUUCGACGGGCUAAAAGACCCCCAGGAUCACCUUAAUACCUUCAAGAUGACUCUGGGACUUCAACAACCACCUGACGAAAUACUGUGCCGUUCCUUCCCGACAACUCUCAAAGGAGCUACAAGAGAAUGGUUUACUAAGUUGCCAAACUCGUCCAUAGACAACUUCGAUCAGCUGAGUAGUGCCUUCUUGCACCACUUCAUAGGGGGACAACGCCCAAGGAGGCCAGUAGACUACUUACUCACCAUAAGACAGGGAGAGAAGGAGACUCUGAGGUCAUAUGUCAAGCGAUUCACUCGGGAAACUCUGGAAGUAGACGAAGCUGAUGACAAGGUACAGCUGACGACCUUCAAAGCAGGGUUGAGAUCCAGAGACCUCGUGGCCUCUCUUGCAAAGAACCCCCCGAAGACGAUGGCAGAGAUGCUCCUGAAGGCACAAAAGUACAUGAACGCGGAAGAUGCCCUAGCUGCCAUAAAAGAUACUGAGAGGCCAGGAGACAAGGCCAAGAGGGAAGACGACCGUAGGGGGCAAAAGAGAGACAGACCAGAACGUCGGAACAAUGACGGGAAUAGGAGGAAGGGCGAUAAAAAUCCUCGGACGGUAAAAUUUACUCCCUUGGUUAUGCCUGUUGACAAGAUUUUCACGCAGAUCAAGGACGAGCACUAUCUCAAAUGGCCCAGGCCAUUACACUCAUCCCCCAACGUACGUGACAAAAACAAGUAUUGCCGGUUCCAUAGAGACCACGGCCACAACACAGAAGAUUGCAGAGACUUGAAGGAGUAA